AUGCCUCCCGGGUCCGGGCAUCCGCAGCCCCAGCUCCCGGCCCCAUCGCCGCCCGCUGCCGCGCCUCAAUGGCCACAGUGGCCGGCCCCGGCCCUCGCUGCGCCCCCCACGCCACCCGGGUCUGUACCGCCGCAGCUGCCGGCCCCGCCCCCGCCCAGCUCGGGGCCCGGGUCACCCACGCAGGGAGGCGUACCGAUCCAGCAAGUGUGCUUUCCGCCGUCACCGUCCCCAGUACCGGCCUGGCUGACCGAAUCAUCGCUGCCACCCGUCUACACGUCGGCUGGAGACCCGCCGGCACCCACUCUACAGUUCGGCGAUCCCUCCGGCUCGGCGGGGCACUCCACGGGCCGCGGCCAUGCUGACCGGGUGCCCCAAUCCUCGCUGCUUCGCACCUUCGAGCCAGUCAGCCACGGCGCUCCGACUCAUACACCGCCGCGGUUUGCCAAACUGGACUUCGCCACUUAUGACGGCACGGAGGACCCCCUCAACUGGCUCAACCAGUGCGAGCAGUUCUUUCGCAGGCAGCGCACCCUCGCCUCGGAGCGUACCUGGCUCACCUCUUACCACCUCCGCGGCGCGGCACAGACCUGGUACUACGCCCUCGAGCAGGACGAGGGCAGCAUGCCCCCUUGGGAGCGCUUUCGCGAGCUCUGUCUCCUUCGUUUUGGGCCACCGAUCCGCAGGAGCCGCCUGGCAGAGCUAGGCCGCCUUCCCUUCACCUCCACGGUUCAGGACUUCGCCGACCGUUUCUAG